AUUGAAACAUCGCAAUCGUGAUUCACUAUUCAAAAGUAAAAAUGUUUCAAUUUACUUGAUGACGUCUGUCAGCGCUCAUUGACAAAUCGCUGAAGGACAGAGGUGUCCGCAAUCUCAACAUUGGUCUUGAGGUGCUCAUGACCGGAAAUUGCAUUCUGGGCACGAAAUUUGCGCAUUUGCAAAUAUAUCGAAAUCGAUUAUUUGCUACUUAGUUGUUAUGGGGUCUUCCAAAACCGUGCUUGUAUGGUGACUUCCUGUGAGUAAUAAUUCACAACAGAAAGAAAUAAGGAGAACAGGAAGGUACAAUCGAAAGCGUGUUCAAUUUUUCAAAGAAUCGAUGUCGCUAAAGAAGCUGGCCUUCGUUUUAUUAUUGGUUCACGCGCUAAUAUGGAGCGUGAAUACAGAUGGAGUAUUAUCGAUGAAACUUGUUCAUUACGAAAACCCGGGUUCACUGAAGUCAGACAGCACAUGUUGCGAUGGUACUGAUACAAGCACUGGCGAAUGCAAUACCUGUGAAUACAUGUUCAAGAUCUGCCUUUCUGACCCUCGUGCCAAGCCGUGUUCACUCGCAAACAUCUUUACUGACUGGGUAUCCAACAAAGAUUACUACUUGUUUGACCCAUACAUCUAUGUAAAACCAUAUGGUGACGCGCUGGGUAACCCAUUGCAGAUACCUUUUAGGUCGUGGAACAACAGCCUUCUUUUGAAGUUUGUCCUACUGGAUGAUGAUAAUGCUGGUGCUUCAGACCUCAUAAGCACAAUGGAGAAGAACGUGACCAUAAAUGCGACCAGAAGUGGCACAAUUGUCCAGACUUGGGUGGUUUUGGAGGGAGAACGACGAACCACUGGUGUUGUACCAAAACUUUCCGCUCAGAUAAGUGUUUCAUGCAAAACCAACUACCUCAUACCAAGCUGCAGUGAUUACUGUGUGAAUACCGAUGAUGCCUCGGGGCAUUACGUAUGCAACUACAUGACUGGAAAACGGGAUUGUCUAGCUGGUUGGUAUGGUGACAGAUGUGACAAGAAGAUUUCGAUAUGCAACCCAAGAAACGACAGCUUGGGACAUUACACGUGCGAAAAGAUGACUGGGGCAAAGAUUUGCUUGCCUGGCUGGCGCAAUGAAUCAAAGAACUGCACCGAAGAGAUAAUGAGAACAGCAACACCACCAAACUCGAAGACUAGGUUGCUUACAGUAACAAGCAGCUACUCUACCACAGAAACACCACAAAACUCGAAGACAAGGUUGCUUACAGUAACAAGCAGCUACUCUACCUUAGAAACAUCACAAAACUCGAAGACAAGGUUGCUUACAGUAACAAGCAGCUACUCAGCAACAGAAACACCACAAAACUCAAAGACAAUGUUGCUUACAGUAACAAGCAGCUACUCGACAACAGCAACAACCCAGAUGUCUGUUACCUGGAUGUCCCCUUCCUCAAGCAGAACACUCAUUGAAACAACAGAGGUCUUAGUUCAUCGCAGCAACACUCUUUCCAAAAACAUUUCAACGAUUUUCAUCUCAAAGGAAACAUCUUCUGUUGUACCGUUACAUUCAACCUCUCAUCUACACCGAACAACUUCGACUCAAGAUUUAGAACCAAAGUCGCACUCAAACUUCGCAACAGCAUCGUCCACAGGGCAAACGAUAAGCACAGUGCUUGGAACGCCAAGCAGACCUGUGGCAUUAACCACUACACAGGGAUACACAUUGAUUGGCUCAAAUAAACCCUCAUCUAUGCAACGCGACAUGAGUAUGGAAACACAAAGUGGGCCUGAUUUGGAAAAAGCGACACAAACAGACAGCAUGAGCCUGGUUUCCAUAGCUGCAUCACAUACAACUCAGAAUCCACCAGUUAUCAAAACAGCAUCCCCAACAUUGCGCCCCAAAAUGGAAAAGAUGAUGGAUUUUGGGAAGCUGGUUGCCUUUAUCGUUUCCAUCGGUCUUCUUAUACUUUUAUCGGCAACUAUUCUACUCACACUCAAAAUGAAAAAUAAGAGAAACAACCGUAUUCAACCGAUAAAGCUUGGAAACAGAUACCAACAGAAUUCUGCAUUCUCGAUGUCAUCAAGGCAUUCCAAAGCCACAUCAUGCCCGUCUAUACAAGGUUUGGCAGAAACCAAAAUAGGUGCAUUCCUGGAGCCCAAAAUGGUGGAUGUUGAUCGUAGAAGUGCAAAUUCUAGGAUUUCACAAGCACGGUGGAGUUCAGCGCACAGCAGCUGCGAGCAACAACAACAUCCGCAGCAGAAAAGAGCUCAGCCAAAAGGAGAAAGCUUUGUUUCGACAAUAAACACCCCAAAUGUGCUUUUACCGAAGGAGACAUACCUCCUUGUGCCAACAGACCCAUACUUGCGUCUGCAGAGAACUGACUAUAUAUAGAUCUUGUACAUUUGAAUGAAAAUAAUAGAUUUAUAUUUAUUUGUUGCUAGAAAAACUCUAGUUUAUAUUCUUGAAAUGUUUAAUAAUGUAAAUACCAAGGGCUAAUAAUUCACUGUUUUUUAGAAAAUUGGCAUGCCGUUGUAAAAAAGUCGUUUGUAAAUAUUUAGAUUGGCUAGUAUUGAAUUUUCGGGAAACAA